UGUGUCGCCGUGUGUCGGAGACUCGGCGCCCGCAGACAAAGCUCAGCUAACAUGCUAACAGCUCAUUAGCCAGUAGCCAAACACCUGCGAAUAUUUCAUUAAUAACCCACUAAACUCGCUCAGCGUUUGUGUCAUAAGCCACCAACUGUUGAAAUAUUUCCUCCCACACGUUCCCACUCAACCCCACGACCACUACACUUUAUUAUUUAUUAUUUAUCCCGUCUCCUCCGGUAAGUAGCCUAGCCUAGGCUAGCUCGUUAGCCUCCUAGCUGCUAUCUGGCUUCGGCUUGCCCGCCAUCUUUUUAAAGCCAGAUAAAUGGGACGUUCUGUUGGUCGGUAAAACAUCCAUCACGGAGCCCCGGCUGCACCCAGCGCCGCGGCCCGGCCGUGGAUGGGCAGCUAAGGAGCCGCUGCGUGCACCGAGCCGCGGACCGAGCUCCCGUUCGGCUGGAUGAGAGCGGUUUAUCGGUGUUAGCUCGUUAGCUCGUUCGUUAGCCGCCGCGGGACUCGAACAUCUGGCGAUCCGUGCGGGUCUGGGGUCUAGGCGUAAAGAUAAAAGUUUGAGAAACACGGAACAGGUCGUGCGAUGGGAGCUUGUGUCUUGGUGUUGGACAUCGGGCUGAACUGAAGUGUCUCUGGUCUCCUGUGGGUCCUCACGCCGUCUCGCCCUUGGUCCACGGAGGGAGUUGUUUUUCACCUUCAGGUCAGACGCUGCCGUCCCACGCUGCAUUGCUGCGUCACCGCCGAACACCAUGUCAGACGCCCCUGAGGCUGCACCCCCCAGCCCCCCUCCCCUCACCAACCCGCCCCCACCUGAGGUCACCAACCCAACCAAACCUGGCAGAAAGACCAACCAGCUGCAGUACAUGCAGAACGUGGUGGUGAAGACCCUGUGGAAGCACCAGUUCGCGUGGCCGUUCUAUCAGCCUGUGGACGCCAUCAAGCUCUGCCUGGCGGAUUACCACAAGGUGAUCAAGAACCCGAUGGACAUGGGAACCAUAAAGAAGCGUCUGGAGAACAACUAUUACUGGAGCGCCAGCGAAGCCAUGCAGGACUUCAACACCAUGUUCACCAACUGUUACAUCUACAACAAGCCCACAGAUGACAUCGUCCUCAUGGCUCAGGCUCUGGAGAAAAUCUUCCUUCAGAAAGUUGCUCAGAUGCCUCAAGAAGAAGUAGCUUUGCUGCCUCCGGCUCCUAAAGGCAAAAGCAAGAGCAAGCAGCCGGCUACAGUGAGCCAACAGGCGGAGUCAUCGGCCUCCCCUCCCCCCUCUUACCCCUCCCCCUCACCAUCUCAGACACCUGUAAUCUCCACCACGCCCACACCGACCCAGGCCACGCCCCCUGCCACUGCUGCCCCGCAGCCCCCGGCAACCAUGAUGCCAUCUGCACAGCCCGUUGUCAAGAAGAAAGGGGUGAAGAGGAAAGCUGACACCACCACCCCGACCACGUCAGCGAUCUCCGCCGGUCGCGCUGACUCUCCGUCGGCUCAGGACACCAAACCGGCCAAACUCGCCGCCUCCAGGCGCGAGGCCGCCGCCCGCCCCACCAAGACCCGGCGGGACACGGGGGAGGAGGUGGCGGGGGUGGAGGUGGGAGGCGUGCCGGUGGCGGGGAGGAAGGGCGGGAAGCUGGGCGAGCAGAUGAAACACUGCGACGCCAUCCUGAAGGAGAUGCUGUCGAAGAAGCACGCCGCCUACGCUUGGCCCUUCUACAAGCCGGUGGACGCCGAGGCCCUGGAGCUCCACGACUACCACGACAUCAUCAAGCACCCCAUGGACCUCAGCACCGUGCGGAAAAAGAUGGAUAAAGGAGAAUACGCUGACCCUCAGAGUUUUGCUACUGACGUCAGGUUAAUGUUCUCCAACUGCUACAAGUACAACCCUCCAGACCACGAGGUGGUGGCCAUGGCCCGAAAGCUGCAGGACGUGUUCGAGAUGCGCUUCGCUAAAAUUCCUGACGAGGGCCUGGAGGCGUCGGUCCCGUCCACCACGCCGCUGGUCAGUAAAAGCACCGCCUCCUCUGACAGCAGCAACAACUCCUCCUCCGACGAGUCGUCCGACUCCGAGGAGGAGCGAGCCACGCGAUUGGCCGAGCUACAGGAGCAGGUUGGUGCUGCCGACCAAUCACAGUUGAAGGCGGUGCACGAGCAGCUGGCCGUCCUGUCCCAGGCUCCGGUCAGCAAGCCAAAGAAGAAGAAAGAGAAGAAAGACAAGGAGAAGAAGAAAGACAAGGACAAAGACAAAGUGAACAAGGGCAAGAUAGAGGAAGAGAAGAAGCCCAAGGCCGCCGCCCAGCAGCCCAAACCGGCCAAUCAGAAGAAGGCGCCGGCCAGGAAAGCCAACAGCACCGUAACGGCCACCAGGCAACCGAAGAAAGGCAACAAGCCGUCUGGCGGCGGCUCGGCCAACGGGGACGACGGCGAGGAGUCGUCUCUGCCCAUGUCCUACGACGAGAAGCGCCAGCUCAGCCUGGACAUCAACCGGCUGCCGGGCGAGAAGCUGGGCCGCGUCGUCCACAUCAUCCAGUCCAGGGAGCCGUCGCUGAGGGACUCGAACCCCGACGAGAUCGAGAUCGACUUCGAGACCCUCAAACCCUCCACCCUCCGAGAGCUGGAGCGCUACGUCAAGUCCUGCCUGCAGAAGAAGCAGAGGAAGCUACUGCAGAAGGCAGCAGGAGGCGGGGCCUCGGGGGGCGUGGCUAGUCGUUUGAGUGGCAGCUCCUCUUCCUCCUCUGAUGACAGCUCCUCAACAGGAACUUCCUCUUCCUCCGACACAGACUGAACACACAAACACACACACACACAUUACGACACACACACAUCACGACACACACAUUAUAACACACAGAGGUUUAUACACACACUCAGAGACUGUAUGUAAAUAUGCUGACCUGUUUUUUAGCUCCUAGUGUCGUUUCAUUUUUAUUUUCUCUGGAGGAACGCAGUCACGCGACAGAACAAGAGAAGAAGAAGAAGGCAGUGAGUUCCUGUUCCUGGGUGGGCGGAGUCAGUCCGUCUCAUCGGGACUCCUAUUGGUCUCUGGACACUUGAGCUGCGUUGCUAUGGAGACAAUAAAACCGCGGAGAUUUUCUUCUUCUUGUUCUUGUUGUUGUUGUUUGUGGACGGCCGGCGGCGACCCCUGACCUCUGAACACAUUCCUGAAGCAUCAUGGGAGAGAGAGCAGGCCGACCUCAGCACCGAUCAGCUGAGUGCUCACCGGUGAUCAGCUGAUGGAUCAUGUGUGAUCAGCUGAUCAGAGAGAUGAUCUGGAUCCACUAAUAAUGUCUGAAUGAGGAAGACGGGUUCCAGCUGCUUUACCACAAUAAUCAAUAACAGAUCAGCUGUGAGCCCUCGCCCCCCCCGCGCCCCGCCCACCUGCCUGUCCUGGGGUCAGCUGAUCCCCCCCCCCCGCCCCCCACCCACCUCGAGGAGACUUUUAUUUUUUAACACUACAUUUCCUUUAUUCUUUCUUUGGAUUUCAGGUUGUGUGCUGAACUCGUUUGUGUCUAAUAAGGUUCUCAAUUUAAAAGAAAAAAAUUUUGUACCACGGCCCCAUUUCCAGCCAGCCCCCCCCCCCGAACCAGAACCAGAACCAAAACCAGUCAGCCUGAACCGCCGCUUCUUCAGCGGCGUAUUUAUUCGUUAAAAUGUCCCAGAACAAAACCUCUUCUUCAUCCGUCUGCUGCUGACCCCGGACCCUUGACCCCUGACCUCCAGGGUCAUGUGACAGCAGGUAGUGGUCACGUUUGACCAGAGGGGGCAGCAUCAGACCAGUCAGCUGGACGUUAGCGUUGGCGCUAGCUGUGACCACAGUAACCCUCCUGUUUGUUUUUAGUUGAUGGUUGAGCUUUGAUGCUAAUAGUUAAUUUUGUAUUUUAAUAAGAAAAAGGAAAAAAGUGAUUUUAUGUAUUUGCAUGCACUCCUUCCUUGCGGCCGUACGUUCUUUCUCCCUUUGUUUGAGCGCUGUAUAGUAGCUGUAUAGUAGCUGUCCGAGGUUUAGUAGCGACGCAGAGAGGACGAACCCACCAACCCACCCUCAACUCUUUGAUGUAAUUACUGAUAUGGGAUCCUUAUUUUCUGAGUUCAUUUGUUUUCAUAAAUAAACACAUAAACCGAC